AUGCUGCCGUUAACUAUCUUGACGUUAGGGCUUGCUGCGUUGCAAACGUCUUCUGUGCAGGCACUCAAGCCACCAAGGGUUGGAUCUAACGGUCAUACGAAGCAAGAAGCCUCGUUUGGGACUGUUCCUGGUCGUUUCAUCGUUGAGUACGACACUUCGUCCUUGAGCAAGAGAGAUGUUCUUGAGUCCGUGGCGUCCUCGUUGUCGGCAUCUGGUGUUGAUGUCUCUGUGAAUACAGAUUUCGACUCGUCCGUGUUCCAAGGUGCUUCGAUUACUCUAACAGGUAACGACACCACCGUGGAUGAUUUGAAGGCACUUGCUGGUGUUAGAAACGCAUGGCCUGCGUCUGUCAUUACACUCGAUGACGAGAUCAAGCCAAACGAGCCCCAGAGUUGGAAUCCACACCUGCUUACCGGUGUGCAAGCCAUCCAUGACCAAGGUAACAAGGGCUCUGGUGUGAAAAUUGCUGUUAUAGACACCGGUGUUGACUAUACCCAUCCUGCACUUGGUGGAGGUAUUGGUGAAGGCUAUCCAAUUACCCACGGUUACGACUUCUACUCUGACAUCAACAAUCCGUCCAAUGAUCCGAUGGACUGUUUUGGUCAUGGUACAUUCGUUACGUCCUUGAUCAUCUCCUCUGAUGAGAAUGUUCCUGGUGUUGCUCCAGGAGCUUCUAUCUCUUUCUACAAGGUUUUUGGUUGCGAGGAUUCAACAACAGACGAUGUUAUCAUUGCUGCCAUGAUCAAAGCUUACGAGGAGAACCCAGAUGUCAUGACACUGUCACUAGGAUCAAACCAGGGCUUUAACACUAUCCCAGUUGCUCAGAUUGCUUCCCGUAUGACCAAAGAUGUUGUCGUCAUGUUCGCUGCCGGAAAUGCUGGUGAAAUGGGUGUGUUCUACGCCUCAUCUGGUGCAUCUGGUGUCGAUGUUCUCUCAAUUGGGUCUUCGCACGCUAAACAGUAUCCAGCUUUCAAGGCUGUUCUCAACUCAUCUUCAGGUGAAACACUUGAAUUUGGAUACAUUGGUAAUGCACUGAAUGAGUUCGACCUGGAAGGAACCUUCAACGUUCUUGCAACUUCCUCUAACGGUUGUACUUUCAAGACCACAGCACCAGAUAAUACUGUUCUUAUUGCAAGAAGAGGUGGGUGUUACGCUGGUAACUUCUUCAAUCAAUUGACUUCACUUGGUUACACGGCUGUUCUCGCUUAUAUGCCUGAAGACACCUUUACCACCUUCAAUGUUGGUAUCUUGGAUACCGAUGGUUUGAGCAACCUCGGUUCGAUGAAGGAAGAUGCCGGGGAGUGGGUAGUUGAUCAGAUUGACAGUGGUAAUGAGGUCACUGUCACAUUUUCCAAGGAUUUAGGCCCUGUUGGCUUAGACUAUCUGGCGAUUUCUUCGGGUCAAGUUGAUUACUACACAUCGUGGGGCCCAACAUACGAAAACAACUAUUACCCACACGUCAAUGCACCAGGUGGAGGUGUGUUCGGUGCUCUGAUUGGUGGUGGCUGGGGUGGUGGUUCAGGUACUUCCUUUGCUACUCCUUACGUAGCUGGUGUUGUUGCUCUGUACCUCUCUCAAUACCCAGGUGCUGACCCUGCUGAGGUUCGCAGAAGACUUAUAUCCACCGCUAAUGAGCUGCCAUUGUUUGACUACGAAGAAACUGUGACAGGCUAUGAUACUUCGACGCUGAACAAUUCCAUCCCUGCUCCAAGUAUCCAACAAGGUGCUGGUUUGAUUGACGUUUCCAAGUUUAUCGAGCAAAAGACCAUCCUGACCUCUGCCCCAGUCUUAGAGCUGAACGACACUGUCAACAGAAUCGAUACCUUCACAAUCAAGAUUCGCAACGACAACGACGUCGCUGUUAACUACGUUUUGAGCCAUGAAGGUGGUGUUACUGUGAACUCGAGAUCAGGUCAAGAUGACUUCUGGAUCACAUAUCUUUACUACCCUCCAUACGAGGAUAUCCACGCCGAUGUGGAAUUGUCUGAGAGUUCCCUCUCCAUUGGACCAUCAUCUGAAGCUUCGUUUGAUGUUAAGAUCUCUGCUCCACCUGGCUCAAACCCAGAUUAUGCUCCUAUCUUUUCUGGAAAGAUUGUUAUCUCUGGUGAUAACGGUGAUGUUGUCGGUGUGCCUUACAUGGGUAUUGAAUGUGACUCUUAUGCAUGGACUCCGUUCCCUGAGCCCCCUCUAGCACUUCGCUAUGAUUCAGAGAGUGGUUAUCUGUAUAACUUAACUGAUCCAAACUUCAAGGUGAACUUCACGUUCAAUGUCGAUGACUCUCCUGAGAUCUAUUACUAUCUCAGAUUUGGUACUGAGGUUCUUUCAUUUGAGCUUGUGGAGGAUGGUUACGAUUUAAGUGACUUUAAGUUUCCUUUAGAAGUUGGUGAUGGUGUUCUUGGGCCUCUCAGAACCUCCAACGACGUCUAUGGCAACUAUGCUGAUUUCCCGGUGCUUUUCUUGCCUAAAAUUACUGAUUACACUUACUUCCACUCUCAAGGCCUGGCUGAUGGAUCGGUCAUUCCAGAUGGAACUUACAGGAUUUUGUCUUAUGCUCUGAAGGUGUUCGGAGACAGAAAUAACCGUGAUGAUUGGUCAUUGAGUCUUUCAGACCCGUUCGAUAUCGUUGGUAACACU